GCGACGUCGCAUCUCCCAUUGCAUUUACAUUGCUAGCGGCUUCAAUUAGUGACAAGGAUGAUUUGGAUCUGGAGGACACGAUUGUCGUCACAUAUUAUUCUGCACUGCGGGAUAAGAUUGAAGCUUUCCUGACCUUUCUCCGCUUGAAAGUGAAGGUCCUCACUGUCAAGCAAGCCAAGGGGUGCGAGGCAAAAUAUGUGAUUGGAAUCAUGUUCCGGCGACAUGCCCAAGAAGACCAAUGUCAUGGCACUUUGGGAGAUCCAGGGCGAGCUGCUAUCAUUUUGUCAAGGGCAUCUUCAAAUCUCACCUUGUUUCUGGACGCACCCAUCGCGCAAACAUCUCCACUGCAGCACCUCAGCAACUGCCCCUGGCGGGGCGUGGGGAACGAUGGUUGUGCAGAUUGUUUCCCUGCAGGAGUUGCUGAUAUGAUGUUGCAAGGCUUCUAUGCGUUUCGAAGGUGCAGUUCCAGCGGCAACGGUGAGUCGGAAGCUGACAGUGAGGCUGAGGCAGUCUUGAGCCGAGUGCAAUUCUGGCAGGAUGCUCUCUCUCAAAGCCUCCAGGCAAGACAGGUUCGACGACGGCACCCUCAGCCACUGGAGCUAC